GAUUGGUUGAAAUUUACUGAGGUUCUCGUCAGCAAUGUUCAAAUGUUCAUUUAUAUUUCUUUUAUUUUUGUGGGUUCAGUCUCAGUCAGAGAAGAUUGAACCUUUUUUACUGAGGAGCAUAGAUAAAUCAGGAUCCCAUAGAGAAUUGGUGACACAGUUUACAAUUCCUACAGAAUUAUUACCUGAUGUGAUUGAAGGAGGUGAUAUACAAUGUUUUCUGCUGUUUACAGAAACUGUUCCAUCUGGAGCUUAUAUAGAUUCUGAUCAGAUAAACUCGCUCAAAAAUUAUGGUGGCCCAGAUGUUUUGUUGAACACAGUGAUUGAUGUAGAGAAGGCAGAGUUUGAAUCUACUCAGUUUGAAGGUCGUAUUUUUACUAACUUGAGUUAUGAUGGAGAUAAUUGGACAAGUAGUUAUAUAUUGCCAAUACACCUGCGUUAUCAUAGUUUAUCUGACCAGGAUUAUACCACGGUGACAUUUAACAAUCCUGAGGUAUCUGUUAGAUGUCUUAACCAGAAAAUUGGAAUGCCUCAUUAUGGUUACCAUGGUAACACAGUAAAACAAACGAGUGAAGUAUGUGGCAGUAAUAGUAAGAUUCUAUGUGACUGGAUUGUUAUACAGUAUAAGACAGUAAGUCUAUAAAUGGUAUAAACACACAUCUCUUGCUUCUCUUAAUGUUUCAUUUAAUACAUUUUUGAUCAUGAGUAGUAUAUAAUAUGAUGGUUCCGGGACACUUUGAAGCCUAAAAAAGUGUUUAUCUAUCAAACCAAAGGGUAAGACAGCUCGACAUGGCUUACCCAUCAACCCAAAAAGUAAGACAGCUCGACAUAAACCCCAUUUUAUUGAUUUAAGAACACCCUCAGGCCAAAACCCCCCCCGGAACCAUCAUAUUAUAUACUACUCAUAAAUAGAAUACUGUAAGACAGCCUAAAAGGCUCUUGUAAGGGAACCGACGAAGGCGGGAACCGACGAAGGCUCUUGUACUUUUUUAUAAUUUAAAUAUAUAAAUGAGUUUACAAAAACAAAUAUAUUGUUUAAAAGAACGAACAUACACUGAUAAUGUAAAUCCUCAAUAUGUUACAACAAAAAACGGAAGAUUAAUGAUAAAAGCCGUGUGUGCUUCAUGUGGUAAAUUGAAAUCUAAGUUUGUAAAACAAGGCGGUUAAUUAUGGGUAAAAAAAAUGUUUGUCCUUUUCCAUACCUUAGGAACCAACUUUUAAUUAGUUGCAGCCUAUAAAUCAAUAUGUUAUUAUCGUUCCGUAUCACGUGGACAGUUUUUCCGCUAAUAGUCUAAAGAUCAAUAGUGAAACGUCAUCCAAUGUCCAGAACAUUCGCCUAGUGUAAAAAUCAGUAGGUGAUAAAUGCGUUGUCAUUAUUUCAUCAGCCA